AGAAAAUUUGAGCGUUUGAUUUAACUUAUAAAAUAUCUCCCUCUCCAGAAUUCUCCUUUUGCUAACCUUUUUCUUUCUCUCCUUCUCUUAGAAGUUAAGAAAGAGAGUGUGACUGUGACUGCGUUUGCGUCUGCGUUUGCGUAUGUGUUUUGUUUGAUGCAAAUGGAGCCAGGGUUUCUACAAAACCCAUUUUUGGAUCUUCACUGUACUUCUUCUUCUUCUUCUUCUUCUUCUUCUUCUAGAGGUUCUGGAGAAAAUCGAGGGAAAAUAGGAGAAAGCUUUAAAAAAUCUCUACGCUGGGGCUUCUGUGUUAUUAUUUGUGUAUUUGGUGAGAAAGUUGGUAAAAGAAUUUAAAAAAAAAAAUUAAGUUGGGUAGAAGUAAAGUUAUGUUUUCUUAAGACGUUACUGCAUUUUCUCUGCAAACAAACAAAGAAUUAGUUCACUUUACUUUCUCUUAUCUGUUAUCGGAUCUAUGUUUUUCUUUUUAUUUUGCUAAAAUGUUGUUUUUGGGCUUUAGUGACUAGGAUUAUUCACUCUCUCUUUUGAUCAGAUCUGAGGAUUUGAAGAUUUCUCUUUCAUGCUAUCAGGUUUGAUUCAAGUCCUCUCUUUUAAGAGAUUUAAGUAUAUUUUUGAACUUUUGCUUUUAUCAGCGUCAGUUUCGACUUCUUGUUAUCUCUUUUCAGAAACUUUUUUCUCUCUCUCUCUCUCUCUCUCUUAGUUAUCCGUUAAGGUCUGUUUUGCUUCUUUGAAUGUUUAGAUUACUUUCCUAUAUUUCAGUUCCCCCAAGUUUAGUUUACCUAGCGUGGCAUUUUGCAACGGCUAAUUUGAAGUUCUAAUUCCUUACUUUCAGGGCUUUUCAAAUCCAUUUGAAUCCAAACUUUGUUUAGUUCGUGGAUCAUCAAAACACUAUACUGUUUAUGUUCAGCUUGAAAAAGAAUUUUUUUUUUUUUUUGGGAGAUUUGCCCUUCUCUCUCAAUUGACCCUACAAGAUGCGGAGGCCACCACCAGAGGGAUUUGUAUUGAAGGAGACCAACCCUCAUUUGGGAGGGGGAAAGAUCACUGGUGAGAAGCUGAUCAGCACCUAUGAUUUCGUUGAGCAGCUGCAGUACCUCUAUGUCCGGGUUGUCAAGGCCAAGGACUUACCGGGGAAAGAUGUUACAGGUAGUUGUGACCCUUAUGUGGAAGUUAAGCUGGGAAACUACAAGGGUACCACUCGGCAUUUUGAGAAGAAGACCAACCCUGAGUGGAACCAGGUGUUUGCAUUCUCAAAGGAUCAUAUUCAGUCCUCGGUGCUUGAGGUAACUGUCAAGGAUAAAGACCUUGCUAAGGAUGAUUUCAUUGGUCGUGUUUGGUUUGAUUUGAAUGAGAUACCAAAACUUGUACCGCCAGAUAGUUCAUUAGCACCCCAGUGGUAUAGAUUGGAGGAUAAAAAAGGAGAUAAAAUUAAGGGGGAAUUGUUGUUAGCAGUUUGGAUGGGUACACAAGCAGAUGAAGCUUUUCCAGAAGCAUGGCAUUCUGAUGCAGAGGCUGUAAGUGGAAUAGAUAGUCUUGCCAAUAUUCGGUCAAAGGUAUAUCUCUCCCCGAAACUCUGGUAUUUGAGGGUCAAUGUAAUUGAAGCUCAAGACCUGCAACCAACUGAUAAAGGUCGGUAUCCAGAAGUUUUUGUGAAGGUUAUCCUGGGAAAUCAAGCCUUGAGAUCAAGAAUUUCGCCCAGCAGGAGUAUCAAUCCAAUGUGGAAUGAGGACCUUAUGUUUGUGGCGGCAGAACCGUUUGAGGAGCCUUUGAUCUUGAGUGUGGAAGAUAGAGUUGCACCGAACAAUGAUGAAGUAUUGGGGAAAUGUGCAAUUCCUUUGCAGUAUGUGGACAGGCGGCUUGACCACAGACCUGUUAAUAGCAGGUGGUUUAAUCUGGAGAAACAUGUUGUUGUAGAAGGGGAAAAGAAGAAAGAAAUUAAGUUUGCCAGCAGAAUUCAUAUGAGAAUCUGUCUGGAGGGUGGUUAUCAUGUUCUGGAUGAAUCAACAGACUAUAGUAGUGAUCUUCGACCUACAGCCAAAGAGCUGUGGAAGCCGAGUAUAGGGGUUCUCGAACUAGGUAUUCUCAAUGCUCAGGGAUUGAUGCCCAUGAAGACAAAGAAUAGUCGGGGAACAACUGAUGCUUACUGUGUGGCGAAGUAUGGCCAGAAGUGGGUUCGAACUCGAACAAUUAUUGACAGUUUGAUGCCCAAAUGGAAUGAGCAAUACACUUGGGAAGUUUUUGAUCCCUGUACUGUCAUAACUAUUGGGGUCUUUGAUAACUGCCAUUUACAUGGAGGGGACAAGUCUGGAGCGGCCAAAGAUUCCAGGAUUGGUAAGGUACGAAUCCGUCUUUCCACACUAGAAACUAAUCGGGUUUACACGCACUCUUAUCCUCUCCUUGUCCUGCAUCCUAAUGGUGUCAAGAAGAUGGGAGAACUUCAUUUGAGAGUCCGUUUCACAUGCUCGUCCUUUCUCAGUAUGAUGCAUAUGUACUCGCAACCUUUGCUGCCAAAGAUGCACUAUCUUCAUCCACUUCCGGUUAGCCAACUUGGUAGUUUGAGUCACCAGGCCACGCAGAUUGUGUCCAUGAGGCUGAGCCGCGCAGAGCCACCCUUAAGGAAGGAGGUUGUUGAAUACAUGCUGGAUGUGGGGUCUCACAUCUAGUUCAGUUUCUUAAAAUGAACAUAUUAAUAUAUAGAAGAUAUAAAGAUUAUACAUACAAAAUUAAAUUAUGAGUAUGCAUAAUGAGUGUAAAAAAACGUGUGCUUAUAUAAUUUUAACGAUAAAUAUGAUUUUAUUUUAACAAAA